AUGGCUUCUUCGUCAUGUGUCUGCCCAAGAAACAAAAAACCCGUGUGCGGUUCCAAUGGAGUCAUUUACUAUAACAGCUGUCUCUUCGAAUGUGGCAAAAAAUCCAACCCUGAAAUCAUCUUGAAAGACUUGGAGUUUUGUGAACUGAAGUCCAAAAUGGAUGGGCUACCAAUAUGCCCCCCAUGUCUACUAUAUGAAGAUCCUGUGUGCGGUACAGAUGGGGAGGACUACAGUAAUAUGUGCAACUUAAUUUGCGUACAUCCUAAAGUAGAAGUAGCAUAUGAAGGCAAAUGCAAAUGGGAUGAGGAAGAGCCAAUAUGUGCGUGCACUUUCGAGUACCAACCCAUCUGUGGGACUGAUGGUAACACAUACCCAAAUAAAUGUUCUUUGAGAUGCGCCCAACAAAGAUCCACCGUGGAAAUCAAGCAUGAAGGAACUUGCAGGUCGAAGAGAGAAGAUAUUAACGUUGCUGAUGCUCCUAUCUGCCCUUGCACAGCUGAAUUGAACCCGAUGUGUGGUACUAACGGAUUGACAUAUCCAAACCCUUGCAUGCUCAACUGCGCUAAGAAGCAAAGUAUAAGUAAAAGUCUAGAUCUCUUACACGAAGGAGAGUGUGAGCGAAAGUCAGCAGAGGUUGAAAAAGGCGCGCGCGUCCAGGCAUGCGCGUGUGGGAAGGAAAAGAACCCGGUUUGUGCUUCCAAUGGAGUCACAUACGCGAACGAGUGCAUUAUGAAGUGUGCCGGCGAACAGUUAUCAAUCGUUCAUGGUCUAUUCAUCGUUAUCGUGAGUUGUAUAUCAGCCGUAAUUGCACUUCCCACCUGCGUCUGCACCCGGGAACAAAAGCCAGUAUGCGGUUCGAAUGGAGCUAUUUACAAUAACAAGUGUCAACUCGAUUGCGCCGCUGCAUCAAACCCUGACAUCACUUUGGAACCCAUGGAAAACUGUCAAUUGAGGUUAAAAAGACAAGAACCACGUCUAUGCCCUUGUCCGGCGAUACUUGACCCUGUCUGUGGAACCGAUGGGCUCACAUACGCCAAUGACUGCGAUCUGCGGUGCCAAGACGCCAACGUAGACAUCGCAUACAAGGGCGAAUGCAGGCCGAAACGGGAAGCUCCAAUCUGUGUAUGCACCUUCGAAUAUUUACCUAUCUGUGGAACUGAUGGAAAUACAUACCCCAACAAAUGUUCUUUGAGAUGCGCCCAACAACGAUCCGCUGUGGAAAUGAAGCAUGAAGGCACUUGCAGGGCGAAGAGGGAAGAUAUUAAUGUUGCUGAUGCCCCUAUCUGCCCUUGCACCGCUGAAUUGAACCCGAUGUGCGGCACCAACGGUUUGACCUACCCAAACCCUUGCAUGCUCAACUGCGCUAAGAAGCAAAGUAUAAGUAAAAGCCUAGAUCUCUUACAUGAAGGAGAGUGUGAGACGAAACCAGUAGAGGUUGUGGAAGGUGCAGGCGGUGACGGAUGCACGUGUGGAAAGGAAAGGGACCCGGUUUGCGCAUCCAAUGGAGUCACAUACGCGAAUGAGUGCAUAAUGAAUUGUGCUGGCGAAGAAUUGGCUAUCGUUCAUAGUGGUCAGUGCUAA